AUGUCUGCAAAUCCAUCUCAUCUUUGCAAUGUGAAGUCAUUUGUGAUAACAAAGUUCUGCUCUGAACACGUUGCAAAGUAUGCAUUUGAAUAUGCUUACUUGAACAACAGAAAGAAUGUGAUUGUUGUGCAUAAAGCAAACAUCAUGAAACUUGCAGACGGGCUUUUCUUAGAAUCUUGCCGGGAGAUUGCAGCACAGUACCCUACCAUUGAGUAUAAUGAGAUCAUUGUGGACAACUGCUGCAUGCAGCUUGUGUCAAAGCCUGAGAAAUUUGAUGUGAUGGUUACGCCAAACUUAUAUGGUAAUCUUGUGUCUAAUGUUGCUGCUGGUAGUGCUGGAGGAACUGGGGUCAUGCCAGGAGGAACCUGUUUCUGUAUCUCUUUCUGCCCUCAAUCUUGCCAUACAAUUUCACGGUUGGAUAUCAUUCUUUAUUCUUGUUUAUUACAAGUUGCCUUUGACGGAUAAGCGGAAGACAUAUUAUGAAUAUUCUGGAUUGUGGCAUAUCUAUGGUGUCUUGGCAAUGAAUUGUUGGUUUUGGGCUGCAGUUUUCCAUAGUCGGUCUUGAAAGUAAACAGAAGGCUUGUGCUGGGUCAUGCAUUAUUAUUAUGGAGUCUGCUCAUGGGAGUGGUGAGUUAGUUUGACCACCAUCUUCCUCUGUCAUGCAUAAUCUUCCUGGUUCGACCUCAGGGAAUAUUGAUGAGUCCGAGAGACCGGUCAAUACAGCUGCAGGGGAUAUGUUAUCUGCAACUGAUGCAGAUGAAAAACAAGGUUAGGAAGAGAAUGCUGACAAGAGAAUGCAGAAGCAACUGUUCUAAUGAUGUCAGAUGAAAUUUGCUGAGAAUUUAACAGGAAGUCAUAAGUGUAUAUAGGAGAGUAUAAAAAAACAAGUAGUAGUACAGUGUGUAAUACAAGAUUUGUCUAGCAUUUACAUGAUAUUUUACUGCAAAUAUGCAGGUGUUAUUAGUAUUGUUGUUUGUCAAGGAAUAAUAAGUCUUUUAGAAUGUAAUAAUUUGGGUGGUAAA